AUGGAAGCUGCCGCGAUGGUCCUCCCGAUCGUCGUGGUGGGGCUGCUUGGCGUGACGAGCGCCGUGCUGGGAUUCGUAGCCGAGGCCAAAAAGCUCACUCCGGAUGACAUCCACGUGUCCGGCAGGGAGUGCGUGUACCCGCCCAACCCCUCCCCCGCGCUGGCGGUAUGCGCGAUGCUCCUGCUAGCGGUGGCCCAGGUCGUCGCCUCGGUGGCCGGCGGCUGCUGCGGCUGCUGCCGGCCCGGGGGCGGCGCGUCCAAGUCCACCAGGCGAGUCGUCGGCGUCGUCGCCUCCGUCCUCUCAUGGAUAGUGGCGGUGAUCGCUGGGGUGUUCUACUGGCAAGGCGCGGAGCUGAACGUGUCCGGGACGCGCCGCGCGACCUUCGCCGACGCAUUCCACGAGAAGUGUCUGGUUAUCAAGGGCGGCGUUUUCGUCAGGGCGGCCGUGCUGAGCCUCGUCGCCACCUCGCUCGCGAUCAAGUCCUGCGUCCUGCUCCGCGCGCCGGCGGCUACGGAUGCGCCGGCAGUGGAAGCAGGUGGCGCCGCCGAGCCCAAGCCCGACGGCCACCACCCGCCGGAAGCCGGGGUCGCGGUCGGGCUGCCGCAGUGGCCGGCACAGGGGUCCGGGCAAGCGCCGUAUCCGCAGGGGUACGGGCAAGCGCGCGUCUAG